UUUUGAAAAUAAUGGGAAUCAAACAAGGGCUAUAUCUAAUUUUAUCAAUCUGUGUUCUAUGGAAUAGCAUUCAGCCUAGUUGGAAGAAAACAAAAGCUUUAAACAUAUGCUCGUGGCUUCAAGCCCCAGUGCUGAUUAUGGCGGUUAAGAAAAAUAUUGAGGAUGUGCAAGGCAAAGACAAUUAUCCGUGUGGUCAGCAAUUGUUGAUCCAUAAUGGGAAAGUACUAAAGGAUGAAAGUACAUUGGCUGAGAACAAGGUCUCUGAAGAUGGGUUUCUAGUGGUCAUGCUAAGCAAAGGCAAAAAUCUGGGUUCUGGUGGUUCGACAUUGUCCCAGCCUGCGCCUACUUCUGUGCCAACUUCUGAUCCUAUAUCUGCACCUGAAGCUCCUCCACCACCUGCUAUGGCCCUUAAGAGCGUUGCAUCUGCUUCCGAUGCUGCUACUGCUGUUGACCCUCCGUCUGAUACUUAUUCUGAGGCUGCUACGAGCUUAGUUGCCAAUAAUAAUCUUGAGCAGACUAUUAAACAAAUAAUGGAUAUGGGUGGUGCUAGUUGGGACAAACAGACAGUCGAACGUGCCCUGCGAGCUGCGUAUAACAAUCCUGAGCGAGCAGUGGAUUAUUUGUAUUCUGGAAUCCCUGAAAGUGCAGAAGUUGCAUUGCCUUUAGCUCAGGCUGGGGUGGAUCCUGUUGCUGCAACAGGUGCGGCAGGGGCUGCACCUGUUUUGGCGGGGCCGAAUUCAUCUCCAUUGAAUUUGUUUCCUCAGGAGGCCCUUCCUGGUGCCAGUGCUACUGGUCUUGGAUCCCUAGAUUUUCUCAGGAACAACCAACAGUUCCAGGCGCUGCGAUCGAUGGUUCAAGCAAAUCCACAAAUUUUACAGCCCAUGCUUCAGGAGCUUGGAAAGCAAAAUCCUCAACUUUUGAGACUAAUACAAGACCACCAUCAAGAGUUCCUUCAGUUGAUUAAUGAACCUGUCGAUGGUUCUGAAGAGGAUAUAUUUGACGAGCCUGAGCAGGACAUGCCCCAUGCUGUUAGUGUCACACCAGCAGAGCAGGAAGCCAUCGAGCGAAUGGAAGCUAUGGGUUUUGAUAGAGCACUUGUUAUCGAGGCCUUUUUAGCUUGUGACCGCAAUGAAGAAUUGGCUGUGAACUACCUAUUGGAGAAUGCUGGAGAUUUUGAGGAUUGAGAGAAUGGAAAACCAUAAAUUUAUAUUCUUUAUUUCGCACAGAUCAACUCGGGUUUCAUAAAAACUGUUUUGCUUCAAUUGCGGAUCACAUUGAUCCCUUUUUAAGGAUGAUCAAUUUAACCAAAAAGAAAUGAAAAAAAUUGAGAAAAAAUGUAGAAUGUGAAAGCUCGAAAGAUUAGUUUAUUGAUGUAUCCCUGCUGUGUUUUAAUUUGUACGGAGGAACUUGCUGUUUGGUACGUCGUGAAUUAAUGUCUUGUUGAAGGCAUGUUUUCGAAUGAAGAAAUAUUUAUAAUA